AGGCUAGGGGGCGAUGCGGGGGCUGACCUAUCGCGGGGCCUAACCCAGGGUUUCAGAGGGGCCGUUACCAGCCCCCGCCAGGACCACUGUUCUGCACGUCCCUGUGUUGUGGGACCCUCGGCUCUCGCUGUGCCUGCGUCACAGUGCCAUGUGAUGUCACUCCUCACCGUGUGACGUAACCCGUCGAGGAGCGUGGGGCAAUGGGGCGUCACGAGGCCUGCUUGGCUCCGUUACCCCCGUAAGAUGGGCUCACCCCUUGGGGGAAAGCCCUUUCCGCCCCGGGCGGAGUCCGCCCGCUACGAGGAGGCGGCGACGGUCCGCGUGGAGCCCUCGUCCCACCGUGUGGAGACGUCCUCCCGUCAGGUGCGGAGGUCUUCCCGGCAGGUGGAGACUACGCAGCGCCGCAGCUAGGGGCGCUCCGUCUCCCCCUCUGGGAAACGGCUCCGUCGCGUCUUCGAGGUGUCCUACCAGCACGUGGAAACCGCCUCGCAGCGCACGGAGACGGCCUCCCGCCGCGUCAGGGCCUCGUCUCUGCGGGAGGAGACGUCUCUGCACCGCGUGGAGAGCCCGCCGCGGCGGGAGCAGCCGGCCGCUCGCCAAAAUGUCCAAAAGGCCCGAUGAAAUGCUUCCUUCCUCCGGGCCACGAGAGGGCCAUGGCCCUUGGCCAGGGCAGAAUUGUCUCCAGUUCGCAGCCAGCCUGCUGCCAGGUGGACCGAUCAUCUUUGGUUUCCUGGAAACCGACCACAAAUCAAUUUAAGCAAGAGCCAAGCUGCGGUUUCGGGACUCAGCCAACAUUCAUUGACCCUGCUGCACCCUGGACCAUCCUUUCCUGCCUUUGACCCAGUGAACUAUUUUCACUUGAAGCCAGCACAAAAAGUUUUCGGGCCCUAGAUAUUGUAUAUAUUGAGAUGAUGGACAAAGAGUCUGUUUGAACCUCUGAGGCAGACUGACCUUCCCACUGACUGAAAAACUAGACCUCGGAUAAGUGAAUUCACCCCUCUGGGCCUCACUGCCCCCACUGAAAAGGAGAUGUUUGGACCAAUCUUUAGAUCUGUGAUUCCCAAAGUGAGGAAUGCAAACGUUGCUGGUGUGCAAGAGGAUUUUAGGAGGUAUGGAAACAUUUUUUAUUUUGGUAAUUAAAUAUUUAUUUCAGUGUGUAUUAGAUAGAAAAAUAUAACUAACCCUCAAACUUGUU